GGAGAUCAUCUCGGCCCGUCGUCUGGUUGUAGACGCGGCGCAGUUUAUCCGUCGGUCUGUCUCUAAAUCUGAUUCGUCCGGAGGGGCUCAGUGUUAUUACGACGUUUGUGAUAAGAACAACUUGGAAAUCAAGUCAUGAGUGCCCUUUGGGUCAUCAUCAUCUGCGGUGUUUUAGCUGUCAUUGGACAGGUGCUGAGUACCGGAAACGAUGAUUUCGUUGAUGCUUGCUUCGGAAAGGAAGGUGAUAAGCCGCCUCAUUGUGAAUACAUUGACUUCGACGAUGUAUUCGAAAGUUCUGAUAUUAAAUUUAACUGGAGUUUUAUCACGAAACUAACGAUCAGUAACAAGCGGAUCAUUGGAAUUCCGACGCGCAUGUUCGAAUCACUACCGAAUUUGGAAAGCUUCGUGGUGGUAAAUAGCUUAUUUUAUCGGGAGAUCGAUUCAAACAGUUUCAUCGAUUGUCACAAACUGGAACAUAUUGAAAUCACGGGAACCAAUAUCACCUUUCUCGACAGUCAUCUGUUCCCGAAGACGCCAAAUUUGAAGCAGUUUCUUUGUCAUCACAACAAAAUAGUUGACAUCAAACAUGAUGCAUUUGAGUUUCUCGUUGACUUGGAGGAACUGAAUUUGUCCUACAACAACCUGUCGCGUUUACCCAGCGGAGUGUUUCACCGGUUGAAACAUUUGAAAACGUUGGAUUUGAACCACAAUCGUUUGGUUCUGCUGAGUUUCGAUAGCUGGUUUCCACCGGACGGUGUACAUUCGUUGGCAUAUUUGGAUGCGUCCUACAACCAGCUCAUAGAGCUAGCCUGGAGCGAAAUCACCGUAAAGAAAGUCAACCUAAAGUACAACAACUUAACGAGCAUUCAUAUCAGCGGCAAUUGCACGGAACUUCACGCUUCUUUCAACUCGAUUGAAUCCGUUACCGUCGGUGGCAAUUGUUCAAUUGAAAAAUUAUAUCUCGCACACAACUACAUCCACGGUUUCAGUGAUCUUCGGAAGUGUUCGGAAACGUUACGCACACUGGACAUCUCGUUCAACGUUCUACAGCGGCGUUUCGAUUUUCUCGGUAUGAAACAGCUGACGGCACUGAACGUCGAAUGCACCAACAUUACCAUCGAGUACACAACCCUUCACGACCUGCGGAAGCUGCGCUUUCUGGACAUCUCCUACAACAACAUCAAGAAGAUCGAUUUCGAGAAUCUUACUUCGCAGCGAUUGCUGGAGCGGCUGAUGAUCAGCGGUAAUCCGGUGGGGAACAUUUCGAUCAGUUCGAUCAAGCGAAACUUCCCCAACUUGAAAACACUGGGAAUCUACGACCUACCGUGGAACGAAUCAUCCCUGUCGGUAGCAAUCGAGGACUUGAAAAAGCAUGACAUAAAGCCGUACAUCAAAAACGAUUAUCUCUUCGAAGAGUCCGUAUGUCCGCUGAAAGUAGUGCGUAAUUUUAGCGGAACGGGUGAUGAUCGUGAAGAAUCGGCGGCUUCUAGCACCGGCUCUGGCAGUGAUAAGACGGUGGAAUAUGUCGUGAUAGUGCUUCUGGUGUUGAUCGUUUGCGGGUUGAUGUCCAAAUUGUUUGUUGAUAGUCGCUACUACCGGGAGCUGUUUAAGGAUCGCGGUCGCCGAUCAUCGAUUUCGCAUGAAAGCCUAGUGAGCUGUGAUUUAAAUGGUUGACAAAAACACUCUGAAUUAGUUACUUUGUUUCGAAGAUCGUUAUUGAUGUAUAUAUAAUAAUAAGUAGCACAACAAAGGCAGUGUUUGGAAACAAGCUCUUUCCUAAUCGAUCUUAUUGGGUUCAGCUUGCUUGUAGUGGUUCUAAAUGUGACGUAGAAGAAAAACACACAGGAACGACAGCUGACGGCCAAAUAAGCAAAUUGAUUGUUCAUGGAACUGAUAACGAUGUUGGUGUCACUCAACUUGGGUCGUUCUUAUUAAAGUAUCGAUGAAUUGCCAAGAAGCAUGUUUAAUGUUUAAUUCGUUUGACAAAACAGUGAAGGUGUACUAAAUGGUGUCACGUCUCAACGGGGGUGACGGCUAUAAAUUUCCCUUCGCUGAUCAUCUAUAUCGAUUGAAGAUUUGGUCCACGAAUUUCUCCGAUAAUUAUUACUAAGUUCAGAUUUACAAUACGACUUCGGCAUUUAAUCGAGGCUUCUAUUACUCAAUAAGAAAAGCUCUCCAAAGAUAGCCAUUCGGUAUACGUUUUAAACAACGAGAAAUUAAAACUGUAUUAGAUUGUUCGAAAAAUCGCUUCAAAAAUACCUUAGAAUUAGGCUACAUAUUUGGAGUUACAGUGAAAGUGAGUAUUUUUCCACUGAAAUAACCCUUGGAACAGUAGUUAGUUCACAUUCGGAGAUUAUCAUUUGGAUAAUUCUAGUUAUACUGCAAGUGUCUUUCAAAAGUUAUAAUAGACUAUAUGGUGGCCAUAAAAAACAUAUUAAACUAUAAAUCGGUUUCAUAAUGACAUGUAAGACUGCCAGGUAAUAAAAGUAAUCUGUUUUGUCCAUUAGCCAACAA